GCUUAUGUGACUUAUCAAGAUAUUCGAAAAAUUAGUGGCCUUAAAGACCAAACUGUUAUAGUUGUGAAAGCUCCUCCAGAAACAAGACUUGAAGUGCCUGAUCCAGUGGAGCAGAGUGCGUUGAUACAUUUAUCUAGUACUCAAGGACCUAUUGAAGUUUAUCUGUGCCCAGAGGAGAACGAUGCCCUCAGCCCAAUGAAAACCUAUAGUCAGGACCACAACGGAAAUAUUUCCAAAACCAUUUCCAAAGAAGUGGCUUCUGCUAACUCAGGACAAGGUGACUGCUCCGUAAAUAUGGCAACAAUCUCUCCACUGGCUUCUCCAGCCAACCUUCUCCAGCAGACCGAGGACCAAAUUCCCUCAAACUUUGAAGGACCAUUUGUGAAUUUGCUGCCUCCUCUGCUUCAGGAAGAUUAUUUGCUGAGCCUCGGGGAUGAAGAAGGCAUCAGUGACCUCUUUGAUGCUUACGAUUUAGAGAAGCUUCCUUCGUUGGUGGAUGAAUUUAUAUACAGCUGAUUCUGUUAAACGAUGUCCCUAUCUAAGUCAUGUUUUUAUUGGAAUCAAAAAAACCUGCCAUCAUUCGGAGUUGUCCCCUACUUAUUGUAAAAUAGUAUUAUUAAAUAAAUUAAUAGGCUCUUGAACAGUGGUGAUAUUUUAAUUAAAUACUCCCUAAAAUGCUAUAAACGACAAGCGAAGGCUUUUUACAGCAAGGCCUUCUCCUUGACCCCGAGCUCCAGCGCCUUGAGUCGGCAAGUGCAAGCAGGUGACCGUAAAUGUUUUGUCUUCACACUCCCCC